AACAAUUAUACAUUUGUGCACCCACCAAAUGACUGGCUUAUGCUCUUCUAAUAUUUAGUUUUUUAUAAGCAGACAGAUAAGAGAGAUAUCAUGGAAGACUUUUUGGUGUCCUGUGUAUGGGCGUUUUUGUUCCUAACUCCUGCAGGUGACGCAGCUCUCCUCACACACCUUUUUUGUGUGCAGAACGUCAAAGAGAAUAUGAAAAGCUAUGUCUUUCAUAUGAAUAACCCCAUGACGUGAGAAGCUGCUCAUUUUCCAUUUGUUAUCAGGAGGAAGAUUAACUCGCCACCCCUCCUCCUCCUCUUCAGAACCUCAUAUAAAUAGCAAAGCGCACAGUCUCAUUGUAUAACAACAAUUGCAGCACAUCCAGUUAAAAGACUGACAAACGCAUUGACACAAUAAGAAACAUCAGCAUGUACUCAACUAAAAACGAGGGACCGCACAGAGGAAGAUCUUUUGACUCCAUGAACCUUGGUCUGACAUUGGAAGAGAAGCAACUUAACAAUGAGAUGAACAAAUCUGCUUUUCCGAAGAUCGAGGAGAAUAAAGACAACAAAACCGUGUCUACAGAGAGAGGCCGGGCUGCUGUUGUGUUCUCCUUGAAGAAUGAAGUCGGUGGACUUGUCAAGGCACUAAAACUUUUCCAGCAGGAAAACCACGUCAACCUGGUGCACAUCGAGUCCAGAAAGUCCAAAAGGCGCAACUCAGAGUUCGAGAUCUUCGUAGACUGCGACAGCAACCGCGAGCAGCUUCACGAGAUCCUUCAGCUGCUGAGGAAACACGUGAACGUGCUCGAGAUGGACGUGCCUGACAACCGCCUGCCUGAAGAAAGCGAGAUGGAGAGCAUGCCUUGGUUCCCGAAGAAGAUUUCAGAUCUGGAUAAAUGUGCGAACCGUGUGCUGAUGUACGGAUCAGACCUGGAUGCGGAUCAUCCAGGAUUCAAGGACAACGUCUAUCGCAAAAGGAGGAAGUAUUUUGCAGACUUGGCUAUGAGCUACAAACAUGGAGACCCCAUUCCCCGAAUAGAGUUCACAGACGAGGAGGUGAAAACGUGGGGAGUGGUGUUCAGGGAGCUGAAUAAACUCUACCCCACACACGCCUGCCGCGAGUAUCUCAAGAACCUGCCCUUGCUCAUCAAACACUGUGACGUCCGCGAGGACAACAUCCCGCAGCUGGAGGACAUCUCACGCUUCCUCAAAGAGCGCACCGGCUUCACCAUCAGGCCUGUGGCUGGGUAUCUCUCCCCACGAGACUUCCUGGCAGGUCUGGCCUUCCGUGUGUUUCACUGCACUCAGUAUGUGCGACACAGCUCAGACCCCCUCUACACACCCGAGCCAGACACAUGUCACGAGCUGCUUGGACAUGUCCCUCUUUUGGCCGAGCCCAGCUUUGCUCAGUUCAGUCAGGAGAUCGGUCUCGCGUCACUGGGAGCAUCAGAUGACUCUGUACAGAAACUCGCCACUUGUUAUUUCUUCACUGUGGAGUUUGGCCUCUGUAAGCAAGAAGGGAGACUGAGAGCUUAUGGAGCCGGUCUGCUGUCCUCCAUCAGCGAGUUGAAACAUGCACUCUCAGGAAACGCCAGGAUCUUGCCCUUUGACCCCAAUGUGACAUGCAAACAAGAGUGCAUCAUCACCACCUUUCAGGAUGUUUACUUUGUUUCGGACUCCUUCGAGGAAGCAAAAGUCAAAAUGAGGGAGUUUGCAAAGACCAUCAAGAGGCCAUUCUCAGUGCGUUACAAUCCGUACACACAGAGUGUAGAUGUUCUGAAAGACACGGCCAGCAUCAACAACGUGGUGGAAGAACUAAGACAUGAGCUGGACAUCAUUGGAGAUGCACUAAGCAGGCUAAACAUGCAGUUAGGAGUCUGAACAUUUCCCAGCAAAUCAUCCAUUAUUUCAUGUACCAGUUCAUCUGUUUUGUCACAUUACUUUACUUUCCGAAUCACAUAUGGCAUGAAAACUAUCUAAUUAGUUUGGCUCUUGUUUGAUUACAUAUGUGGAUCAUCAAAAGCUGUGCUAAAUGUUUGUAAGUGGAGUUCUUGUAUUUUAUGUAAAAUUUUUAUUGACAUGGUGGUAUUUAUGCAAGGUGACCCCAAUGGUUUUGAUUUAAAUUAAGGCUACACACAGGUGACGUGUGUGUCUUGUGCAUAAUUUAUGUCUGCUAAUAUAUUGAUGGUUUCAGUUC